CAUAAUUGCAGGCACUUCAAACACGUAAGUUAAUUUGAUCAAAUAUGCACCAUGUAUGUAGUGUUGAUGGAAAUGUGGGUUUUAAUUCGACAACCUUGUUCAUAGCAAAAACAUAUGAUAAUCUUAAGGGAUUUUAAAUUAAGCAACUAAUUCUAUUGUAGAGAUGGACUUUUUUUAAUGUUAUUGAUACCUGUGCUAAAAUUUCGGUUAAUUGUUCAAGAUCUACUGCCGCCAAUUCUUGUACAAAGAUCUUAAUCUAAUUCAUAAUUAAUGAGGCUUUGAUUAUAUGGCCAUUAUUUAUUCCUCGAGGUGCCUCUAAAUUUCUUACCAAUAUAGGAUCAGCUUAUCAAUAAAAUGCACAAAAAAAAAAUUGGGUAAAAUAUGCAACUGAUCUAGAUUAGUUUAAACAACAAAGGGUUUUAUGGUAUUGGCCCUCCUGCUACCUUCGAGAAGUAUACCAGAAAUCUUCUUUCUACUACUGA